CGCCUCCCCGAGGAGGGGCGCCUCCUGCAGGCAGCUCGAGUUCCGGAACACGGCCGUCAUAACAACACCGAGAUCGGGUUGGGGGUUGAGCUAGAGUUAGCUUAGCCACAACCGAGGCCCAGGCCAAAUACAUUCGCUUUUUUAACACUUAGUUAGCUAGGUUUUUUUCCUUAAAGCUAGCUGGCUAAUGAUAAUCUGACCGAGAAAAAAUGGAUUUCCAGUCGUUAUUCAACGAUAGAGCUUUCGAGCUGUCGGACUUCCAGGACUUCACGUUUCUCCCCGGGCAUCAGAAGUGGUCUGAGCGGGUGAGGAAGCGACUGUACUACGGCCUGGACCCGGAGGUCUCACUGGAUGACCUUUCCUGCCCGGUGACAGAUAUCGCUGUGGAAUUCCUCCAGAAGUCUGCCCCCAGCCCCAUACGCAAACUACACAAGAAGUAUGCCUCCCACGUUGCCAGGGAGGCGUGCAUCUCUCCCUGCGCCAUGAUGCUGGCCCUGAUCUACAUCGAGCGACUACGACACAGAAACCCAGAGUACCUGCAAAACAUCUCCUCCUCUGACCUCUUCCUGAUCUCUAUGAUGGUGGCAAGCAAAUACCUGUACGACGAGGGCGAGGACGAGGAGGUCUUCAACGACGAGUGGGGUGCCGCCGGGAAACUGGACGUCCAAACGGUCAACGCCCUGGAAAUGGAUUUCCUCAAUGCCAUGGAAUGGAGCCUAUUCACGGAGCCCGGGGACUUGUUUGACAUCCUGAGUCGGCUGGAAACCAGCAUCGCGGAGCAGCAGGGCGUGCGGCGAGGCUGGUUCACCUACACGGACCUCUGCGUGCUGCUGGAGCAGGCGGCCUGGAGACACGCCCUCACCUCCGUCUACCAGCACGUCGCCAAGGUGUCCUGCAUGCUGGGCCUGGUGUACCUGACGGGCGUGGCCGGCCUCCUCGCCACCGACGCCGCCCUCCACCACCUCAGCCUUCCCCGUGACGCACCCCCCCCGCUGGGACCCCAGCUCGCCCCGACGCAGGACCCCUCCGCCGCCGCCGCCGCCGCGCCGCCCGCCCCCGACGCCCGCCCGCCCCCGUGCUGUUUCCCCGGCAACGAGAGCCUCGACGACCGCCCGGCGCCGGCCCCCGUGCCCACCUCGGUGCUGUGCCUCUGGGGCUCGCUGCUGGCCACGCUGGGCCACGCCCCCCCGGAACGGGACCCCCCCCCACCGCGGCUGGUCGUCCGCCGCCGCCUCGCUCUCCCGCCCCGCCUCGCACCCGGCGCCCCGGUGCGGCCGGAACGCCUCGGCCACGCCCCUCUACGACCCGCCUCCGCGUUACCCCGGCGACCGCCCGCACCACGCCAACCCCGGGCCGUGGCCCGGCUCGGUCCUCCCCGACGGGAUGUCCGCCGCCGCCGCCGCCGCCGCUAUGAACUCUGGGUCGUCUCCGCCGCCGCCGCCGCCCCUCCGCUUGGCCGCCUCCCACCCGCGGUCGCUACUGCCGCUGGACAAGGCCCGAGCCAUCCUCAUGACGGGCUAGGGCCUCGAACCCCCUGUCCUCGGUGCCAUCGCAGAGGGCAGCAUUCCAACGCACUUGGUUAUCAAAAUGGCUUGUUGGUUUUUGCGCCAUUGUCGACCCCUCCCCUCCCCCCCCCCCCCCCCACCCCCCCCACACACACUCAGUGGAAGUGAGUUUUGUAUACUUUUAAAAAAAAAAAUACACAAUCAGUUACAAUCCUGGCUCACAGCGUCGACGCAAACGUUUUGUUAAAUGAAGCAUUUAUGAAAAAAAGCAGAAGCGUUUUUUUUUUUUGCCAUAGUCGAGUUGCCACGGGGCACGGUCGGCGCUCCCACAACCCCUUCGACUCCGCUUCACGUCUCACGCACAUUUUCACUACGCAGGGUUUUGAAUUUCCUUAUUUUUGGUUUGGCUCAUCGAUACUCUGGCAUAGCCGGUUUGGGCGGAGGUUGGUGACUCUGGAUGUGUUCAUGCGGUCGGGUUUCGUUGAGUUCUUUUUGCGGCGACCAUUGUUGAGGUUGUGGGUUUUGAGUUUACGAUGCGGCCGGGCGGCAACUUGCUCGUGUUACGAGCUGGGUCCAGCUUGCGUCAAGACCGCGUGGCGAUUCUUUGGGAGCUCGGGGAGGUGAUAGCAUGUUUCUGAUGGGUUUCUUUUGAUCUACAGCAGAACAAAAAAGGUCCGGUUUGCAUCUCGAUAUACACUGUUGGAAGGAUGUUCAUUUAGUCGAAUACAGAUUAGAUUAAAUGAAUUGGUAUUUUACAAUUGAAGGGGGGGGAGGGCUACUUGAGUGUGAAGCAUGAUUCUGCCCUGUACUUGACUGAGGAAGAAGCUGGAAAAAAAGCAAGUCAAAGGGAAUUGAAGUAGGUUAGAUGGUCUUAAUACCGCCUUCCUUCUCGCAAAAGCCCGCUGUACCUCAGUGUUGCCUCUGCAAACAGUUCAACACACGCAGCAUGGAAAGGCUUACCUGCAUCUCGUUUCCCCCUCACCUCCCAUUUAUAAGCUAGCAUUUUCACCAGUGUUCGUUUGGCUUGCGUAUUUUAUUUCUGCAACUUGUUUAUGGUGUUUGAAGGGAUUUGUGUUUCUGAAGUAAGAAUACCACGUAGCUUUAACCCUUAAAAACUACCAUAAAGAGGUCUUUAACAUUUUAACAUUGAAUCGUUUGAGUUUUCAGUUCAAAAUUGGCUACUCCAACCGCUUUUUUUUUUUUUCACAGAAUUCGUGCGGCGCAGUGGCGGUAAAAUACGCAACAAUUCGAUAAACCGUUUGUUUACAUUGACAAGGAAUGACGCACGAAGUAUCCAAUAUGUUCCGUUGUCUCCGCUUCCAUCGUCUUCAAAAGCACAACUUGACUGGACACAGAUGUUUUAUGGAUAUUUGGUUGCUUUUUUUACACAAUCACAUUACUUUGUAACAACUCCGGUGCGACCAAGACAUUUCUUUCUUAAAAUCUUCAAAUGUAAAAGUCUUUGAGUUGCCGAGAGCAGCAUAAUUCGAGACAUGUUGAAGCAAGAUAUCCUUUAAUUUUGUAAACAAUGUAAGAUAUGUGAAAAAAAAUAAUCUGUAGAGAAGGCCAAACAUUAAUAAAAAAAAAACGUUUCCUAUUA